UUUUGUACCGUCCGAACGGACGCCAAAAUUCGCCUUCAGUACUAUGGGUCGGUCAUAAGUGAUCAAAACCGUACAAUUUUGGUUGGCCACCAGAUAAAGAAAAGUUGAUCAUGGAUUCUUUCCUCGGGCUCUUUGGUCCAAGUGACGAUUGGGUUGGCAGUGAUGACAACUCAAAGGGAUUCUCACAGUUGCCCCCAGAGCCUCAAUUGGGCAAUGUAGAAUAUAAAUUGAAGCUUGUCAAUCCCUCUAAACAGAGGUUUGAGCAUCUAGUCACUCAGCUAAAGUGGAGGUUGCGUGAGGGCCAAGGUGAAGCAAUAUAUGAGAUAGGUGUAGAGGACAAUGGUGUUCUUGCUGGCCUUUCUCCCUCCGAAAUGACAGAUAGUCUGCAAACUCUUAAACAAAUGGCACUCUCUCUGGGAGCAACCACAACCAUUUUACGAGAAAGAUGGCUUGAUGAUUCUGAUAGUGACGGAAGUAAUAGUAUUGAUAGUCUGAAUGGAAACACCACAAAUGACCAAAGAAAAGUAGUUGAAGUUUUGGUGAGAAAAAUUCCAGAUGACCAGCAUAAUAUUGAAGUUCGAGUGGCUGUGAUGGGAAGUGCAGAUGCUGGAAAAUCAACAUUACUUGGUGUCCUGACUCAAGGACAGCUUGACAAUGGUCGAGGUAGAGCAAGACUGAAUAUGUUUCGACAUGUACAUGAAGUGCGCUCUGGAAGAACAUCAUCAAUUAGUCAUGAAAUUCUGGGAUUUGAUGCCCAAGCACAGGUUGUAAAUUAUAGUGAAAUGACUACUGCUGAAGAAAUUUGUGAAAACUCCACUAAGCUUAUUACAUUCAUUGAUCUUGCUGGACGUCGGAAGUAUCUCCGCACUACUGUUCAAGGACUUACAGGAUAUUCUCCCCAUCAUGCCAUGCUGGUAGUUAGUGGGAGUGCGGGAAUAGUAGGGAUGACAAGAGAACAUCUUGCUCUAGCUGUGGCUUUAGAUGUACCAUUUUUUGUGGUAAUUACUAAAACAGAUCUUGUUGCACCCAACAAUGCAAUUAGCAGCCUUGAAACUGUUUUAAAAUCAGAGUGUAAAAAGGUGCCAUUAAUAGUACAGAAUGAAGAUGAUGUUAUAACGGCGGGCUCAAAUUCAAUGGCUGAAAAUAUUGUUCCUAUAUUCUGUGUUUCAAGUGUUUCUGGGAAUGGACUUGAACUAUUGACUCGUUUUCUACAUGUACUCCCUCCUGGUGUAUCAAUAAAGGAAAAAGACAGGCUUGAACAGGAACCUUGUGAAUUUCAAAUUGAUGAAACUUUCCGUGUGCCUGAGGUGGGAACUGUCAUUGGGGGACUCCUUACAAAAGGAGUUAUUACUGAAAGAACAAAGCUUCAAAUAGGACCAUUCAAUGAUGGAAGCUUCAGACCUGUGCUUGUUCAAUCAAUCCACCGUAACAAGGCUCCAUGUAGGGUUGUGAGAGCAAGCCAAAGUGCAUCUUUAUCCCUAUCUGUGGAUAUUCCAGGUCUCAGAACUGGAAUGGUUUUGCUAAGUAUGGAGGACAAGGAGAAACCCUCUGGAUGCCUAUUCUUUCAGGCAACUGUGUCUGUUCUCUUUCACUCUACUGCCAUCAAGCCUGGUUUUCAAACUACCGUCCAUAUUGGCAACAUACGUCAGACUGCAGUCAUGGAAGGUAUAAUGGCUACUAACGGUAUUCAUACAAAUGAGCAUGCCUCUGUUGUAUUUCGGUUCACGCGUCACCCUGAGUAUGUGAAGGUUGGCAUGCGACUCCUAUUCAGGGAAGGUUGCACAAAGGGAAUUGGGGAAAUAACACAAGUUUUUCCCUACCUACCAACUAAUGCAGGGUGAAAUUCUGGUCGAGUAAUCAUGAGUAACCAUCUGCCAGCAUGACACUGGCUCGUUAAAAAUCGUUUAUACAAAUGUGCUGCCAAUUUCAGUACAUAGUUGUGUAACAUAGAUGUAUGUAAUUUCAUACAAUUUGUAAUUUCUUGAAGUCGUCAUUCAAACCACGGCAUAACAAUUGUUUAUGAUACAAAACAUGUUUUAUUUUGUCCAGAGUGACAUAAUAUUUUAGUCUUGUUUGAAAGCAUUACUUACUAAUAUGAUCUUGCUUUGCUGCUUCGGAGCAAUUUAACUGAGUUCACAAGAAUACUAACAGCUUAAAAUGGUCAUUGAUUUACAAUACAAUAUAUGUAUUUGGUCAACUAGAAAGGUUAAUACCAGCUCUUGAGCUGCAUCUAGUCUUGUAGUUGCAGUUUUCUUGUUUGCGUUUCUAUGUACAUCUUAUUAUGUAUAUCUUUGUUAAUGUAAUUUUAAUUUUAUAUGGCUGUGAACUAUUUUAUUUAGUGAAAGGGUUAUUCUAUCAUGAAUAUGUUUUUUUCUUUUUCUCUUUUUGGGCGGGUUAAGCUUUAAACAAUUAUAAUAACUGAUUACACUAUUGAAGUAGUUCUAUGCGUUUGUGUGCUCAUUUCCUGUUAUUUCAAAAUAAUAUUACACUGACUGUAAUGUAUAGCUUGGUUUAAAAUUUUAGGACUUUUGUGGUCAAUAACAUUAUGUGACCUUCAAGUAUUGUAUGUUUAUUUUGUGAAUUAAGCUAAGUGUUUAGUUUUUCCUCCAUUUUCUUUUGUGUUGACUGAUUGGCAGUCUCGACUUAUCUCUUUGUUUGUGUUUCAAGCUGUUGUUUUGGUUGUGUGUGUUUCAUUGAAUGCUAUAAUUGUAUCAUUGUCUGUAGUGUAGUUGGAUUUUUUUUCAUGUCUCCUCAUUUGCAUCUGGUAUAAGCUAAGAUAAGAAAAAGUUGAGAUUUUUCUCCUCUCUUCCCGGUUUAGUCUAAUUUUGUCCACACUGCUAGUUAAAACAUAAGUUUUUGAGGAUCUUACCUAAGAAGUCACGAAGUUAUGAACCUUAGGUGGGAGGAAUUGUAUAGAUACAGAAUUAUUUUUAAGCAUCUCAUUUCUAUAUGUAUUUGACAUCUCUUGUCCUUGUACCUGUUCAUUAAUUGUGAUUGUACCAUAUCAGCAGGAGGCGUUUUAUCUUGUACGAUUUUAUGAUAAUAACAGAAUUGAGAGUAUUUCAUAAUAACAUUUUUAGGUUCGUUUAACAGCUGGAUGCCAGAAAGCAAUAGUUCCUUAUCUAAAGUUUUGACGCUCUCUGUUAUCUUGGAUAGAAUAUGUGUGGAGGAGUUCUCUUGAUAAUUAUCUGAUUAUGUUAUCACAUUAUUGUACUGUACCUCCAUGUUUACAAUUUUGGAUGUAAAUUGUCUUAAACUCUUAUUGGUAUAUAUUGGCUUGAGCUGAUUUCAUUUGCUCUUCCACUAAGCACGUGUUUAAUUUGUGUAAUUUCCUUCUACACCGCCAUAAUAAAACUAUUUUAAUUACUCGACAA